AUGGCGGACACUGUCGUUAGCUCCCUCCUUCAGAACUUGUCACAGCUUCUGGGCGAUGAAUUCAAGUUGCUUUCGGGCGUGAAGGACAGAAUCAAUUCACUUAGGAAUGACCUCAGGUUUAUAGACAUCUUCCUCAAGAGAUCCAUGGGUAACCGCAACGACGAGCUUGUCAAAGAAGUGGUCAACCAAAUCAGAGACGUCGCCUUUAAGGCCGAGGAUGUUGUUGACAUCUACGUUGCCAGAAUUGCCGAACAUAGAAGCAGAAACACAGUGAGCAAGUUAUUCCACUUAAAAGAACGUUUCAUGGUGCUUCACGAAGUCAAUGAUGAGAUAGAGAAGAUCAAGAACCGUAUUGAAGAGAUCUAUAAAAACAGGGAGAGAUACUGUAUCACAGAACGUGCAUCCACAGGUGAAGAUGUUGAUGCUAUUGCUGCUGCUGAAUCACUCCGCGAAAGGAGGAAGGACGUGGAAGAAAAAGACGUAGUGGGGUUCGUGAAUGACUUAAACUUCGUGAUUAAGAAGCUCGUGGAAGAGGGUGAUUCAGGUCGCAAAGUUGCUUCCAUAAUCGGCAUGGGAGGGUUGGGUAAGACCACUUUUGCCCGAAAGAUUUAUAACAACGAACAAGUGAAGAACUGCUUUCCUCUUCGUGCAUGGGGUUAUGUGUCCAACGAUUAUAGAGCGAGGGAACUUUUGCUGAGCCUUCUCAAGUGUUUGCUGUCCAUCUCUGAAUAUGAUGGUUUGUUCAAGAAGAAGGAAGAUGAAGUUGAAGAUAUUGCUGGAAGUGAGGAAAAAUUGAAGACAAAGGUGAGAGAAUGCUUGAAGGGGAAGAAGUACCUUGUAGUGCUUGAUGAUAUAUGGAAAAUUGAAGUGUGGAACAGCAUAGAGGAUGCCUUCCCAGACGAUGAUGAUGGCAGCGUUGGCAGAAUACUGAUAACUAGUCGUGAAAUGGAAGUCGCAAACUAUGUUGGAACCGUAUCUCCCUACCACCUUCCCUUUCUCAAUGUAGAAGAAAGUUGGCAUCUCUUCUCUAAGAAAGUGUUUCGAGGUAAUGAGUGUCCGUCAGAUCUCGAGCCUCUCGGUAGAUCCAUUGUUGAGACUUGCAAGGGCUUGCCACUUGCCAUUGUGGUCUUGGCUGGACAUGCGUCGAAGAAAGAGAAGUCAGUAAGAGAGUGGACAAGAAUCAAGAAGAUCACUUGGGAUCUUACUCAAGACAAAAUGAAAGUGAUGGAUAUACUAAAGCUUAGCUACGACAGCCUGCCUCAAAGAUUGAAACCAUGCUUUCUGUAUUUUGGAAUCUAUCCCGAGGACUAUGAGAUCAGGGCGAGGGAUGUGAUCCAAAUGUGGAUUGCUGAAGGGUUCAUUCAACCGCAAGAAGCUAGAAUCCAAGGUGCAGCUGAACCAGAAGAUGUUGCAGAGUAUUACUUGGAUGAGCUAGUGGAUCGCAGCCUGGUGCAAGUGGCAAGCAGGAAGAGCGAUGGGCGUGUCAAGACAUGUCAAAUUCAUGAUCUUCUCCGCGAUCUCUGCAUUUCAGAGAGCAAAUCAGAGAAGUUUAUGGAGGUUUGCAGAGAUCCCAACGACAUGGAUACCGUGAGCAAUGCUAAUCCUCGUAGAUUGUCCAUCCAAUGCAAGGAAUGGUCUAAUUUCUCUACAAACAAUUUGAAUCAGUUGUGCACUCGUUCCUUGUUCUUCUUUUCUGAGGGGGAAAUGUUCCGAGAGGAUGUUCGUCUGGAAAGCUUCAAGUUGGCUCGCGUGAUAUGUUCAAACACCGAAAGAUACUACUAUAAUUCAGCACUCAUGAUUGAUUUCAAGAAAAUGAUCCAUCUAAGGUACUUGAGAAUAGAUGCAAGGGCGAUUAGCAUUCCAGCUUCUGUACGCAACCUCAGGAAUCUAGAAACACUCGAUGUACGUGGUGCAGAGAUGGUCUCCAACGAAAUUUGGAAGCUCAAGCGACUGAAACAUCUUUAUAUAAGGAAUGUUGAGAAGAUACAAGUCCUACCAAAAUCACAAAGGAAAAUAAAGGGAAACUUGCAAACCCUCUUGUUAAGAUGUUAUAAGAGUGAAGAUUUGGUGUCCCUGCUAAACAAUGACAUAUUUCCCAGGUUGAGAAAUCUAGUGUUAUUUUCUGAGGAUUAUUUUCGCCACGAACCCUUACCUAGUCUAAACCACCUCCCCAAUCUCCAUAGCCUCAAAAUUAAUAACUCUCAAGAACUUCCAUCAGACGCAAAUGUGUUUCCAUCAAAUCUUACAAAGAUAACCCUCCAUGGUUUCAUGCAGCCGGGGAAUGUACUCAUAUUUUUGAAGAAUAUGAAGACUGUAGGACAGCUUGCCAGCCUCCAAAUUUUGAAACUAAAAGUGGAUAUACGGACUGACUUUAAUGUUGGCGCUGGAGAGUUCCCACGACUUAAAGUGUUUCAGAUGAGUAAAAUGAGGGUCAGAAGUUGGACAUUAGAGAAAGGUGCAAUGCCGUGUCUCCAAAAUCUGGUAAUCGAGAACUGCGAUAAGUUGGAAGAGAUUCCUGAAGAACUCUGGUCGUUGACUACCUUACGAGAAGUGCAGCUUUCGAACGCCAACAAAAGAUUAGCUGACAGACUCCGAAGCGUUGAAUUGAAGAACGGUUGUAAGCUCAUACUCUCGGAACUUAGUCCGAAGAAGAGGAUAUAA